CUCGUAUUGAAUUGACAAAAUGAACUACGGAGUACAUUGUAAAAUGAGAGCAAUUGAGGGGGCAUAUAGAGAUUUUCAAUAACAAGAACAAUACGGAGUAUCAAAGACAGGAGAAAAACUCCUGGUCUGCCCUGCUGUGCCGCGCGGUGAACUGAAACAAUCCGGUAGGGAGCCGGAAAGAGACUGGGAAAGGAGGAGAAGGGAGGAAGAAGAAAGAAUGAAUGGGCCGCAGCCGUACCACCAGCCGGCAACAAUUGAGGAAGUCCGAACCCUUUGGAUUGGAGACUUGCCCUACUGGGCUGAAGAACCUUAUCUCCAGAGCUGGUUCGCUCCCACCGGCGAGGUACUUUCAAUAAAAGUAAUUCGGAAUAAGCUCACAGGACAACCAGAGGGUUACGGUUUUGUGGAGUUCACUUCACAUGCUGUAGCCGAGAAUGUUUUACAGUCUUAUAAUGGAUCACAAAUUCCAGGGACCGAAUUAACCUUUAGGUUAAAUUGGGCAUCAUCUGGUUUCGGGGAGAGACGUGACACUGGUCCUGAGCACUCUAUCUUUGUAGGGGAUUUAGCUCCAGACGUAACAGAUUAUCUAUUGCAAGAGACAUUCCGUACUCAUUAUGCAUCAGUUAGAGGAGCUAAGGUUGUCACUGAUCCGAAUACUGGACGUACUAAGGGGUAUGGUUUUGUUAAGUUUGCUGAUGAGGCAGAAAGAAACCGUGCCAUGGGUGAGAUGAAUGGGGCCUAUUGCUCUAGUAGGCCGAUGCGAAUAAGUGCAGCAACACCCAAAAAAACCACUGGUCUUCAACAGACCUAUGUGGUACCCAAAGUAGUAUAUCCAACUCCAGUCUACCCUACUGUGCAGCCAACAGUUCCUGAAAGUGACCCCAAUAACACUACUAUUUUUGUUGGCAAUAUUGACCCUAAUGUUACAGAGGAAGAACUACGACAAACCUUUUUGCACCUUGGGGAAAUUAUAUAUGUCAAAAUCGUUGCUUCUAAAGCAUGUGCAUUCAUACAAUUUGCUGCAAGGGCAUCUGCUGAAGAGGCAAUUCAGAGGAUGAGUGGUACUAUGAUUGGUCAACAAAUAGUUCGUGUUUAUUGGGGUAGGACACCAACUGCUAAACAGGACGCUGGUCAAUGGGGUCAGGUAGCCGAUGCAAGCCAAUGGAAUGCUUAUUAUGGUUAUGGACAGGGAUAUGAUCCAUAUGCUUAUGCAGCUACUCAAGAUCCUUCCAUGUAUGCAUAUGGCGCUUAUCCUGGUUACAGCCAAUACACACAACCGGGGGAAGGAGCAAAAGUGACAAGAAAUCCAUUGUUGUGCACCAGAAGUGGAGAAAACUAAAGUGGGGGAUAAAUAGUGGACUUGUUAGACUAAGAUGGUUUUUUAUUUUUUGAUAAAUCAAGAAAAGUGAAGACACAUAUUUAAAUAAGACCAAAAUUCAGCUUGAUCACAUCUCUUUAAACAAUAACGAAUUUAAGAGUGUGGUACUGUGGGGGUAUCAUUAUUCCUAUUCUUACAACCCUAAAAUUAGGGGAAGAAAUGGGGUGAUAUUUCAUAAACUUGUUAUACUAUUUCUGAUGUAGGGUGAAGGAGCUCAAGAUAUGGCAAUGACUACUCCAGCUGUGGACCAAAGGGAGGAAAGACAUGAUCCGUUGGCUGCACCCGAUGUUGACAGGUUAAAUGCUUCUUACCUUGCUGUCCAUGCAAGUGCAAUCUUAGGCAGGCCUAUGUGGCAAAAGACAUAAUCCCUGUUUCAGACGAAGCAUAGAAUUCAUUCCUCCCCAGAGAUGAGAGAUCCUAUCCUACGGUUUCAUUAAUUUUUGUGAUGACAUUCUCAAAGGAUAUAAGAAACCUAGUAUAGUAUGUUACAUGCUACUCAUAGGUUCUCUAAUGAAAUGCUAUGUUUUGAAUGCAUACAUGAUUUCAAAUGUAAUUACUGGCUUUUCCUUAUUGAUUUGGCAGGCCUUUCAUUUAUUAAACAGCCCUUAUUAUUGUUCUCUCUCUCCCUCAAUUACACUAAUAGCGUUUAGUGCCUGUUUGGUAGCCUGCUUUAUCUUUGGUUAACUAGGGUUAUCUUUGAAGGGGGGGGAGGGGGAGGGGGUAUGUUGGUCCAUAAAAACAUAAUUAUUGCUAUUUUAUCAGUGGUUUAGUACUACUAAUAAGGGAACAAUGGAUUAACACUGAUAGUGUCAAGUAGGAAUGAGUGAAUGAUGACUAGGGGUGGACUGCUGAACCGGCCCGCUACUGUGCGGGCCCAGACUGGACCGGGACCGGAUGGCCGGUUCCGGGCUUUAGCCCGGGUUGGGUGGGCCUGGCGGGCCGGGCUCGGGCCCUGUUUUUCUUGAACCAGCCCGGGCGGUCCAGGCCGGGCCUGGUUCAUUUUUUUUUGUUUUUUCAAUUUCUUUUCUUUUCCUAGGAUAGGGCUGGGUGUUUUGGGGAGGUUUGAGGGGUGGGGGUGAGGGGGGGGGGGGGGUCAGGGGUUAAUUAGAAAGAAAAAGAAAUUAUACAUUGGACCGGCCCAACCCUGUUUGGCCCGGACCCGGUAUCAACUCGGGCCGGUUCCGGGCUCAACAUCUGAAAAAAAGCCCGGCUUGAACCGGCCCGGAGCCUGGGCUGACCUGGCCCCGGUCCAUGCCUAAUGACGACCAUGCUUACCUUUUAGUUAGAUCGGAUAAAUCAUUUAUGAAAAACUUUUCGAGAUACUUUUUUAAACAUUUUAAACCAAUCACUAUUAAACAUAUAUUAUAUGAGUAAUAUGUUAGAAGUACAUCCAAAGGGAAAAAGUCAAUAAUUUCAAUUACUGAUUUACUAUUUUG